GAGCGUCGCUGGCGCACAAAUGGGCCGAGCCCAACAAAUCUCGCGCUACCUCUAUGUCAUCCUUCAUGCACCCGCAUCGUCAACGCCUCUCUAUCCUCUCCCAGUCUCCCUCCCUCUACACACCACAGAUCCGUUCCUCGUCGCCACCGCUUGAAUUCCGGACACAUGCCCCGCGCAUGGAGGCGGCCAUGUCGAGACCCUUCACCUGGCUGCGACGUCCUCCACGAGAUUCGUGAACACCGCGGCGUCUCCUCGCACCGAUUACUCCUACGUGGGUUCCGUGGUCGCCGCCUCCAUGCGCCUCAAGCUCUGCGACGAGACCGGAUCCAGGGUCGUGAGCGACCACGAUGCUGCGUUCGUCGCCGACCACGAUGUUGCGGACCCGGUGGCUAUGCUGGAGUACAGGGAGCACCUGCUGUGGGAGGCGUGGAUCCAGAUCGAGAUGGCCACCGUGUUGAGGGCAUCGCUCGCGGCGCAUCCCAGGUUCGUCGACCAGUACCUCGAGUCAACUAGCAGCGUCAGCUGCGGCAAGGACCACCUCCCGCCCGACCUGCGUGCGGAGCAGGAGAUUAGCCAAUUGCAGUUUGAAUCGGACCAGGUUGCCGUCAUCGGUGUGGCUGCAGAGUGGAGGAUCUAAACUAUGAUGGACUGGUGACACAGCGGUUGACCUCCCUGACAGCUGUUCGAGUUCUUGGGCGUCACUACUUGCCAUAACACGCGGGAAAGUAACCCAUUUCCUAUAAUUUUCUGCUAUAUUUUCAAGUCCUUUGUACACAUGUUUCUACAUGAUACCUAUGGCCAACAGAAUCAGUUUUUUGUUUCUGACGUAGAUGAUUUUGAUCUAAUAUCUUGUUUCUUCUAAUUUGUUACACACCAUAGGUAUGAGGACUAAAUUCUAAAUUCCACGCACCAAUUUUUCUAAUUUUCUCAAAAUCAUGUAUGAUAGAGUUUAUAAUCUUUUCUUGGUUAGAUCUGGUAGUUCCGUAUUAUUCACACUUCUCAAGUUCCGUAUGAUAGAGUUUAUAAUUUUUUAGGGAUUUUGCAUCAGCACAGAAGAAAGGAAACUACAUCAUUUCGCAGCAACUAGAUCGGUACUUGCCCUAGAUCUCUACAAUUUCACACCUCCAAAGAGAAGCCCAUCAGAUUUCUGGUGCGUGCAUAUAAAGGGUACCCUCAAGCAUGGCUGGGCGAGAGACCUCCAGGAAUCACACCUUUAAUACAAAGGUGUAUGCGGAUCAUUAGGGAGAGUUUACAACAUGUGUUCGGAUCAACAGGGAGAGUGAAGGAGUUUUAAAAUCCACUGACGAGAACCAUAUUGUCUUUGAGGCAGUAGCUGCUGAGCUAGCAACUUAUCGUCUAACACUUGGCCCAACUCGUGUAUCUAUACUGACCCGUGUCAUGGCGUUUCUACGACAAUGGUUGACCAUACAGUACUACACGAACCAUCGGCUCAGGAGGCUGUAAAGCCUCUAGGAUUGCUCUGGUGGUCCGAACCUGACUUCGUGUGUCCUAUUAGUCUGAAUUAUAUCUCUACAAAAUAAAAAAGUCUAUUGUCCACUCAGCUUUUUAACCUUGUGUAAUAUGCACGAUCCAUGUGACAUUUUUUGUGAUAAUGGUACUGCUAUAUUCAAGUUAUUUGUUUUACGUC